GUCUCCACUCACUCUCUCUCUCUGUAUCUCAUCUUUGGUGGGUUUAUCAGAAGUUUUAGCUGAUAAACCAAACCCUCAUUGUCAUUUUCUCCAAAAUCCCUCUGCUGUUUUCAGACCCCUCUCCGCAGAGGAUUAAUGACUUUUGCUUCUGGGAAUUAAGAGCUCUUGCAUUUCCUUAUCUGUUCUGUUGCAGAGCAUUUCUGUAUCUCAUCUUUCUUUGAUUUUCUCCUUUCUUCCCCUCUUUUUUGGGGCUCUGCUUCUUGUUUUGGAGUUGGGUUUUUGUUAGAAUGGUUCAGAAGCCCAUUUCAAUGGCUCCUUUUCUGCUGCAAGCUCUGUUCUGCUUGCUGCCCUUGGCUUCUGCUGGCCAUGACUAUGGUCAGGCUCUUAGCAAGAGCAUUCUCUUCUUCGAAGCUCAGAGAUCUGGGUUCCUUCCCCACAAUCAGAGAGUGAAUUGGAGAGCUGAUUCUGGCCUGCAUGAUGGAAAAGCUAGUGGGGUUGAUCUGGUGGGAGGGUACUAUGAUGCAGGGGACAAUGUGAAAUUUGGACUGCCCAUGGCAUUCACCAUCACCAUGAUGUCUUGGAGCAUAGUCGAGUAUGGUAAGCAGAUGGCUGCAAGUGGAGAGCUGGGCCAUGCCAUGGAUGCCGUUAAAUGGGGAGCUGAUUAUCUCAUCAAAGCCCAUCCCGAGCCUAAUGUCUUGUAUGGAGAGGUGGGCGAUGGAAUUACCGACCAUUACUGCUGGCAGCGGCCGGAGGACAUGACGACGGACCGUCGCGCCUACCGGAUUGAUACGAACAAUCCAGGGUCCGACCUCGCUGGAGAAACUGCGGCUGCGAUGGCCGCUGCCUCUCUCGUUUUCCGGCAUUCGAAUCCGGCGUACGCCGGCGAGCUGCUCAACCAUGCCAAGCAGCUUUUCGAAUUUGCGGACAAAUAUAGAGGAAAAUACGACGGCAGCAUAACGGUGGCGCGGAAAUACUACGGUUCUUUCAGCGGAUACGCCGAUGAAUUGCUUUGGUCCGCCGCGUGGCUGUAUCAGGCGACCAACGACCAGUACUAUCUGAACUAUCUUGGAAAUAACGGGGAUUCCUUGGGUGGGACCGGGUGGGCCAUGACGGAGUUCGGCUGGGAUGUAAAAUACGCCGGGGUGCAAGUUCUCGUCUCCAAGUUCCUGAUGCAAGGAAAGGGAGUUCAUUACUCGUCGGUAUUCGAAAAAUACCAGCAAAAGGCAGAGUAUUUCAUGUGUUCUUGCCUUGGAAAGGGCAGCCGGAAUGUCCAAAGAACGCCCGGUGGACUUCUUUUCCGCCAGAGGUGGAAUAACUUGCAAUUUGUAACUAGUGCUUCAUUCCUACUAACUGUCUACUCUGACUAUCUCUCCUCGUCUGGGAGAGGCAUACGGUGCAACGCUGGGAACGUUGCGGCCUCCGAGCUUUUGUCGUUCGCCAAAUCUCAGGUGGAUUACAUACUCGGCGACAACCCAAGAGCUACAAGCUACAUGGUCGGAUAUGGAAGCAACUACCCACGACAAGUUCAUCACCGUGCUUCUUCUAUAGUCUCGAUUAAGGUUGAUCCUACAUUCGUGAGCUGCAGGGGAGGUUACAAUACUUGGUAUGGUAAGAAGGCGAGCGAUCCCAACCUCCUUGUCGGUGCAGUCGUCGGUGGACCUGAUGCCUAUGACAACUUUGCUGAUGAGAGAGAUAAUUAUGAACAGACGGAACCUGCAACUUACAACAAUGCUCCUCUUCUUGGUAUACUGGCCCGCCUUGAUGGCGGCAAUGGCGGACUCAACCAACUCCUCCCUGUGGUGGUUCCAAGUCCUGUGCCAGUGAACCAUCAACCGAAUCCCGUGCCUCAACCCAAACCCGAACCAUCACCUGCUCCAGCAGCUAAAGGUUUUUCUCCAAUAAAGAUCACGCAAAUGGAAACGGCAUCAUGGACUGCCAAGGGAAGAACUUACUACCGAUAUUCCACAGUGGUGACAAACAAUUCCGCCAAGACAGUGAAGGACCUCAAGCUCUCAAUUGCUAAGCUUUACGGUCCACUGUGGGGGCUUUCAAGGUCCAGUGGGGCCUAUGUAUUCCCGAAAUGGGUGGACUCUUUGCCAGCCGGCAAGAGCCUGGAGUUUGUGUACAUCCAGUCUGCCUCACCGGCCGAUGUCAGUGUCUCUAGCUACACAUUGGCUUGAGAGGGGGCCCAAACACGAGAGUUGUGCAGUUAAACAGUACAGUACACGUCUUUUUUUUUUUUUUUUGUGUGGGUUUGGUUAGAGUGUUAGUUUAACUUAGGUUAAAUGAAUAAAUAUGAAGGUUGGGGGAGAAAAGGAGUGAAGAGACAGAAAAGUGAGUGCUCAUCCUCUUUUCUCCCCCACAUCAUUAGUUUAUAGAGAGAUGGAAAGGGAGAUUGAGAGAAAGAUGGAAUGUUGGGAGAUGAAGGGCACUUCCAACUGAUUUGAGAUGGUCUUUUGUUUAUUGUAUCAAACUGCCGACAGUUUCGUGUACUGAUGUUGUAAGCUUGCAUUUUUUUCCCCUUUUUUUCCUACAUAGAUAUACACUGUAAUGAACUGCUUCUGUUUGGUUUGUAAGGAAGAAAGGAGUUGGAAUCUCUCCUUCCUAUGUCAGUUUGUAAUGGGCACUGUUUGAUUGCAAAGAAAAAAAGGAGUUGGAAUCUCUCCUUCCUAUGUCAGUUUGUAAUGGGCACUGUUUGAUUGCAAAGAAAAAAGGAGUUGGAAUCUCUCCCUCCUGUUUUAGUUUGA